GUUACUCGACCGGCCGGACGUUAAACGAGCCCAGCGGCGCGCAGUACUGUCGUCGAAUCGAUAACCUAUCGAAGGAUACACUUGACCGCCCGUGCGAAAGAAUGCUCAGGACCAAGUUGUUACAGCGGUGCCUGUCGCAUCACGUGCCUCUGAGCUGUAGAGCGAUGCAUCUCCUGAAGGACAAUGCGUACAUCGAUGGGAACUGGAUAGGCGCCGGUAACAAGCAGACGUUUCCCAUCUGCAAUCCAGUCGACAACACCGUCAUCGCUCACGUUCCCGACAUGAACGUCGCCGACACUCGGGCGGCCGUCGACGCCGCCGCCGAGGCCUUCCGCUCGUUCAGCAGAACCACGGCCAAGGAGAGGAGCGACCUGCUUAGAAAGUGGUACAAUCUGAUGGUCGAGCACUCCGAGGACCUGGCCCGCAUCUUGACCAAGGAGAACGGCAAGUCGCUCGCCGAGUCCAGGGCGGAGAUUAAGUAUGGCAACUCCUUCGUCGAGUGGUUCUCGGAGGAAGCGCGGAGAAUAGGGGGCGAGGUGCUGCAGGCCCCCGUGGCGAACAGAGAGCUGUUCCUGCUGCGACAGCCGGUCGGCGUGGCCGCCUUGAUCACCCCGUGGAACUUCCCGCACGCUAUGAUCACCAGGAAGGCCGGUGCCGCGCUCGCCGCCGGCUGCACGUGCGUCGUUAAACCGUCCGAGGACACUCCGCUGACGGCGCUGGCGCUGGCGGACCUCGCGGAGCAGGCGGGCUUCCCUCCGGGCAUCCUGAACGUACUCACCACGAGCGUCACGAAUUCCGCCGCCGUCGGCAAAGAGCUGUGCGAGAAUCCGAAGAUAAGAGUGUUGUCGUUCACCGGCUCCACGGCCGUGGGGAAGAUCUUGUACAAGCAGUGCGCCUCGACCAUGAAGCGGCUCGGCCUCGAGCUGGGCGGUAACGCGCCGUACAUCGUCUUCAAAUCCGCGGAUGUGGAUCUCGCCGUGAACAGCGCUAUGGCCAGCAAGUUUCGCAACACCGGCCAGACGUGUGUCUCGGCCAACAGGUUUUUCGUAGAGGCCGACGUCUUCGACGAGUUCGUGAGGAGGUUCGCGGAGAGAAUUGAGAGGGAUAUCAAGAUGGGAGACGGUAGUCAGGAGGGUGUCACUCACGGGCCGCUCAUUAAGAAGAGCCAGUUGGACAUGGUGAGCGGUCUGGUGAAGGACGCCGUCAAGAAGGGUGCUAGGGUACACUGCGGCGGGGGCCCAUUGCCGGAUCUCGGACCGUUGUUUUACGCUCCUACCCUGUUGACCAAUGUAACCAAAGACAUGCAAAUUUACAACAAGGAAAUCUUCGGGCCCGUGGCUGUGAUCAACAAGUUUUCCAGCGAGGAAGACGUAUUGAGGCAAGCCAACGACACACCCGUCGGCUUGGCCGGAUACUUCUUCUCGCAGGACGUAUCGCAGAUAUUUAGGGUCGCGCGCAAGCUGGAAGUCGGCAUGGUAGGCGUCAACGAGGGCCUGAUCUCGUGCGCGGAGGCUGCUUUCGGCGGGGUGAAAGAGUCUGGUUUAGGUAGGGAGGGUUCCAAGCACGGGGUCGAGGAUUUUCUCGAUAUCAAAUACGUAUGUGUCGGCAAUCUUAAAUUCUGAUCAUACAAAAUGCAUCUCGGACACCAGUCGCUAUUAUCAGAUAAUGGUUGUUACAAAUCGAGUAUAGACAAUAAUAGACUAUUAUAAUUUAACGAUAAUGUAUAACAGUGAGACAAGAUUAGUUCCAGAGUGUCCUAAGUAACUGUAAUUUUUGGCUAUGAUUAUUUGUGUAUAUAUAAUUCUACUAAUUUUGUUUUUAAUGCCUUGUAUUCUUUACAUAGUUGUAAGUUCUUGCAAUACGAGAAACAAUUUAAAUUUGAAUUUUUUAAACUCGAGCAACUUUAUUUUAAUUUGUAUCGGAUACAUUUACUGAAAUGUAUACUUAACAAUUUAUUGUUGUAUAUAUACGUAUUUGUUAAUGUUAAAUAAGUAUCAGUGAGAAUAUUAAGUUUCUAUAGUGCAAUAUGUAAUUUAGUUAUUAUAUAAUAGUAUAAAAGUAUUGAUUUUGCAUUUCACUUUACUAAUUCUGCUUUCACUUAUCCGUGUUGUAGAUUUUAUAUUUUUUAUAUCACAUAUAAUACGUACAGUACAAAACAAGUCUUCCAAAUUUUAUAAAUGGAGUACAAUGUAUAAGAAAUAUUUAGGAGAGGCAUGAGAAUACAUUUGUUCCUACACAAUUAUCUAUCUUUUUUUUCAUAGAUAUUAUAUAGAGAUAUUAUAUGGUUUAAUUGUACAACGUAAUUACUCGGAAUUACGAGAGGAACUCCAUGGAGAAUGUUAGACAGUAUAUAUAGGAAUAAUAUGAGAUUUAUAGAUAUAUACAAAUCAUAUAAUUAUAUAGAUUUUAAGUCUAUAGGCUGUUACAUAGGUAUCCCAUACUUUUCUUCGCUCACGUAAUUGUUUUAACAAGUCCUUUUGUCUAACAUACUCUUUUGUGACUUGAAAAAGUUCCAUUAAAAAAACAAUUGCGUUAUAUUGCACGCUUGAACAAAAUCAUGUAACUUUUGUUCGUGAUUUCAAAAUUAUAAGUGUGAGAUUACAAUGUUUAUAUAUUAUAUAUAUUAUAUAUUAUAUAAAUAAUGUUUAUAAAAUUAAUAUAAAUCUUUUUACAUCGAAAAUAGUACAAAUUCUUUUGGCCUCUCGUAUGUACAGUCAAGAAAGUAUGGCGUGUACCUAUGACGUUUCGUUUAUCUACAAUGAAAUAAUUGAUAAUUCGAUAUAAAAGUCUUACUCUCCCUGCUGCUCAACGUGUAAUUCCAUUAUAAUCGACAACUGCACUAUACAAUGCACAAUUGCAUUACAUAAAACAACGUUCUUGCCAAGUAUUGCUUAUGAAUACAUUGGAUAGGAUAUUUGUACAAUUACAUGUGAUCGUAUUUUAGAAAUAAAGAUGUAUUCACAUGAAGUAAUAGUAAAUAUAAUACAUGAACAGUAGAACAUGUUAUAUAGAUGUUAUUAUAAUGACAGUGUUAUAACCAGAAUAAAACAGCAGUAAGAAUGUCAGCAA